AUUUUAAAAUGAGUAAGAAAAUCGUAUUCAGAAAAAUUUGCGCAAACCUUGCGUAAAACUCUUCAAACGUUAAAGCGACGGGAUUUUUUGGAACAUUUGGGCCUCCGGCGGUCAAUUCAAUACAAAACGAGUCCCUCGAAGAUGACACCGAAUUAAAGUCCAUGAAAGACGUUAUGGGGAUCACCACAUUUUGAAGAAAAGCAAAAACUUUUAAUUAUAAUUAUUUAAAUCAACAACAGAGGUCACUACAAUCAGUUUGUUUUGACAACUUUGACGUAUAAAGUUCUAACCUCAAAUAAAAUUAAUUUAUCAAUACUCAAAUCCGUAUUUUAAAUAAAGCUUAUAUUAAUUUACUUUGUUUAAUUGAUUUUAAAAUGAGUAAGAAAAUCGUCUUCGGAAAAAUCUGCGCGAACUUCGUGCAAAAUUCUUCAAACAUCGAAGCGACGGGAUCUUUUGGAACAUUUGGGCCCCCGGCGGUCAAUUCAAUACAAAACGAGUCCCUCGAAGAUGACACCGAAUUAAAGAAGAUGAAAGACGUUAUGGGGAUCACCACAUUUGGAAGAAAAGCAAAAACUUUUGAUGUCCAAGAAAUGGUUCAUGAAGUUACAAAGACUGCUAGAGAAAUGACUAAACUUUCUACAGAAACAUUAUUAAACAGUUUAUCUAAUAAUGAAGAUGACGAUGAUGAAGAGGAAGAAGAUGAUGAUGAUAUAAUUGGACCCCCUAUACCUAAAGAUUUUUUACCCCCUCCACCUGAUAAACAAACAAAAUCAAAUGAUCUACAAGAUAAUUUAAGUAGUGAUGAUGAAGAAGAUCAAAAAGAUGAUUUAUUUAUGCCAUUAACACAUGAAGCAUCAAUGAAACAUGGUACCAAAGCAAUAACAGCAAUGUGUGUUGAUCCAAGUGGAGCUCGAUUAGCAUCAGGAUCAGUUGAUUAUGACGUAUGUUUUUGGGAUUUUGCUGGAAUGGAUUCGUCGAUGCGAAGUUUCCGAACGCUUCAACCCUGUGAUAACCACCCAAUUAGAGGGUUACAUUAUUCUGGAACUGGUGAUUUACUCCUAGUAAUUUCCGGAGCGGGACAAGCCAAAGUCUUAGACCGAGAUGGUUUUGAACAAAUUGAAACAGUUAAAGGGGACAUGUACAUUACAGAUCAAGCAAGAACUAAAGGACACACCGCAGGUUUAUUAGCUGGGGGAUGGAACCCUACUAAUAGAGAUGAAUUUUUAACUACAUCCAGUGAUGGUACAGCUCGUUUAUGGGACAUUAUGAAAGGUGGAAAAGAACAUAAAUCAAUUGUUAAAUGCCGCGCUCAAAAUGGAUUAAAAGUAUCUCCCACAGCUUGUUCUUAUCAUCAUGAUGGAAGAUCUUUUGCGCUAGGUUGUGCAGAUGGAUCACUACAACUUUGGGAUUUAAGAAAAAGUACUGUUGCUCCAGCUUUACAAUUGAGAAAAGCUCACCAACCAGUUGAAAUAACCAGCGUUGGUUACUCACACAUUGGAAGUCAAUUAGUAACAAGAAGUUGUGAUGACACAAUGAAAUUAUGGGAUUUAAGAAAUUUUAAAAAAUCAAUUCACGAAGUUGGGGAUUUAUACACAAGAUAUGAUACUACAGAUGCUAUUUUUGGGCCUAAUGAUAAAGUUGUAGUUACAGCAACGUCUGCGAAGAAAGGUGAACCUUUUGGACACGUUUUAUUUUAUAAAAGCGAAGGUUUAACUUUAUUAGAAGAUGCAAAAAUCGAAUCACACGUUGUUAAAGUUUUGUGGCAUCCAAAAUUAAAUCAAGUGUUUGCUGGAAACGGAACAGGAAUCAUUAAAUGUUAUUAUGAUGAUAAACGUAGUCUUCGAGGUGCAACACUCUGCGCGAGUAAACGACAAAGAAAAGUACAACAAGCGGAAAUUGUUAGUUCUCAACAAGUUAUAACGCCUCAUGCUUUACCAUUAUUUAGGCAAGAAAGGCGAAAAACGAGUCGUAAACAAAUGGAAAAGGAUCGAUUGGACCCUGUUAAAUCAAAAAGACCAGAUUUACCUAUUACAUCAGGUCAAGGUGGGCGUGUUGCUUCCAGUGGUGGUACUCUUAGUAGUUAUGUUAUAAGAAAUCUAGGAUUAAGUAAACGAGUCGAUGAUGAUCAAGAUCCAAGAGAAGCUAUUUUAAAGUAUGCUAAAGAAGCUGAAGAAAAUCCUUAUUGGAUUACACCUGCUUAUAAAAAGACACAACCUGUUGCUAUUUUAAGUUCGAAUGCGCAAGAGGAUGAACCUAGCAUUAAAAAACCUAAAGUUGAAUAAUUAAUUAAAAUAUAGCAUAGUUGUGAUGUUUAAAUUUUAAAACUAAUAUUUGAAUGUUUAGGA